AUGCAUUUCCUCACCACCAUCAUCAGGAUCGCAGCAUUUAGCUCCCUUGCAACCGCUACCCUCGACCCAGCCACUUCCAACACCAAAGGCUACUAUCCCAAAAACCCAUCCUGUAGCCCAAGCAAAACCUCCACCGCAAUCCAAGCCGCCGAAUGCGCCUACAACACGCGCGUCUCCGGCACGCAAACCUUCGCCGUCUUCACCACAGACCACCAAUACGACAGUUCACACGGGGCUCCCUACGGAACCUGUUCUGCCUACACCUGUACGGCGCCAACAAAAGCACAGUUGACGGCUGCGACGGAUGAUUGGGUGUUUUAUUGGGGGAGUGAGGGGACUGCGUCGGGUGUGGGUACCCCUUGUAUUAAGAGCCCGGUGGAUGGGACGUGUGGGUGUGAGGAUUCGGAUGGGAAGUUUGUGCAUGGGGGGAGUGCGUGUGUUUAG